AUGGGUUCUAUGGAGGUGGAUGGAAUCAAGACCAAUGCAUCGAAGUGUGUAAGGACCAAAAAAGUGAAAAUGAGACGGGAGCAGAUAAAUCCCCUGGAUGUGACAGAGUCGUUGGGAUUCCAGACGCAUAGACGGGGGAUUCGGAAGCCGUGGUCGAAGAAGGAUGAUGAUAUUUUACGGAAGGCGGUUGAUGAAUGUUUGGUUGAGAUGGGGUAUGCGAAUGGUAUUGUGUCGAUUACUUCGAUACGAGAGUCGCAGAUGGUUUGUAAGAAGAUUCCAUGGGAGAAGGUUGUGCUUAACUUUGAUACGAAUGUGAGGAAGCCCAAGGAUGUGCGGAAGCGGUGGACCAGUAGUUUGGACCCAAAUUUAAAGAAGGGGCGGUGGACUGCAGAGGAGGAUUUGCUGCUGUUGAAGUCGUACGAAAAGCAUGGUGCGCAGUGGCUUAAAAUAUCUCAGGAGUUGGCCGGUAGAACUGAGGAUCAGUGUGCGAAAAGAUACAUCGAGGUGUUGGAUCCUAGCACGAAGGAUCGGUUGAGAGGCUGGACUCUUGAGGAGGAUCUGGCACUUAUCAGUAAGGUGAAGAUCUAUGGCACAAAAUGGAGACAGAUUUCGUCUGAAAUGGAAUCUCGUCCGAGCCUUACCUGUCGGAACAGAUGGCGGAAGAUCAUUACAAUGAUCAUGCGCGGCAAGGCGUCGGAUGUCAUUACGAGAGCUGUAGAAAGUGGAAGAGGGAUGCCUACCCUUGAGAGUCUCCGAACAACCGUGCUUGAACAACCGGAUGCUUCUAAAGUGAGCGACGGAGACACUAUCCAACAACUAUCGCAGCUGCAGCAGGCAACUUCACCUGUGCCGAAUCCUGGUUCAUGUAACCCCCCUGUUAUGCAACGUGCAACUUCGCCAAAUAUUUACGACUGCGAGCCCCUUAGCCGGAGCGAAACUCCUGUUUUCAUACAACAAGCUUUAUCCCCACUUGGCCAGACUAUAACCAAACGAUCUCAUGAUGAAAGUACGAAAAAAUCGACCAGUAUCAAUAAAAGUGCUAGCGAAAGCCCGCAGUUAUCAUCAAUAUCACCUGGCCUCGGUUACCCCGGUGCUGGGUCCCCUCAAUUGCCAUUUGGACAUCCUUCCUCUCUGUCCACAAAGAUGGCACGCCCAUCUUCUUCUUCCGUUGGUGAAGCUACAUUUUCCAGUAUUAUUCCUGCGGCAUCUUUGCUAAAUACGCCAACUUCGGUGCCAGGACCCCCCCUCAACUCUGCGACGGAUCCUCCAAGAACCAGGCAACCAGAUUAUACCGCCACUGAUUGGAAAUACAGUUUGAAAAACCAUCAAGAUAUUGCGAUAUCAAGUGGUGAUAUCAACAGCAGUACCCUGGUGAAAGAGCUUAUAGAGUGUGCUAAGAAGCAUUGUCUUUCGAUUUCUGUUCACCAACACAUAAAUAACCACUACAUCUCCCCAGCUUCUUAUCAUCAGCAACAAAAGCGAUUUAAUGUUGCAUCGCCCCUGGGAGGAGUAUGCAAUACCCAAGAUGGGGCUACUGGGACCGAUUUCGAUUUGCACGCUGAUUUCCUCCAACGAAACCAUAGUUUUGAUAGUAUUCCACUGGAGACCCUCCAACGGAUGAACACUUCAGGAUACUUUCCCUCUUCAAACCAAGUUGCUACAGCCCCUUAUUCCCAUCAAAAGAUCGAAAACAUGACUUCCAUGAGCUCCCACAAAACUCAUUGUCGGGAUAUCCCAGAGAUUGCCCCCCAAAGACUGACACACUUUAAUGCUUUGCCGCCACAUGUUAAACUCCAGUUAGGCUCGAGCGAACCGAUAAAAGCCAAUACGGAACAACUUAAUAACACUUCUCCCUUGAACUCGGUUACAAUUCAAUCAAAAAAGAGAAGGAAACGCUCAAGGAAUAAUAGUGCUGAUACUAUAUUGUUAAGUGCGGCAACUUCUGCUACAGCAACACCGAAGUCUUCAGCUGGCUCUCCAGGAAAGAAGCUCCAGAAAGGUGGCAACCAGAGAUCGAGUGUCACGGAUACCAACGCAGUAUUAAUAGCCCCAGAAGAGGAUGACGAGAUGGAUUUCUGGGAAAGUUUGAGGUCUUUGGGAGCUACGACGACUAAUAACGGUUCAACUUCAAAUAAUAUACAACAAGGAUCUAAAGAGGGAGUACAAUAUCCGAAUACAAGCAAUCCCACAAACUUUGAUGGCACCUCCUCCCAGUUAUCUCAGAAAAAAGACGAUGCACGUUCACUAAAAGAUCCAAAAGAGGUGGACUCGAGUUUAAAAUCUGCAAAAUCCAACCUUGACUUCUGGCUAAUGAAUGAAGAGAUACACAAGGGACUUCCGUUCAAUCCAAGCUGA